AUGAUGACACAUGCAUUGUGUAGUGGAAACAAACUCAUAGGCGUUCAGAUCCUGCAGAAUUUUCUUGGGGCUACGCCCUCCGAGACUUUGCAUGUGGGGGAUCAGGUAAAUGAGUUGGUCGAUGAAGAAUUCCUGUCCACGGGAAAUGACUUUGCGACCCGGCAUCAAUGUUGCACCCUUUGGAUCGUCAACCCCGAAGAAACGCAUGACGUAUUGAUAGAACUGGUCUCGUUACUCAGCCAGAACAACACUUAG